AUGGCUGGGCCACGCUUUAAGCUAGAUUUGGUUUCAUAUGACGACCCAGUGACCCUUCUGCGAUUACCUGUCUCAGCAGUGCCAUCGUCUGUGGCGUUGCACCAGUAUACCAAUGACGAGAUAGACGAACAGCUGGCUCUGAAUCGGCAGCUGUUGGAGCAGUUGGAUGCCGUGCUGAAUGAAACCGACAUCUUAUACGUGAACCCGGUUAACACUGAUGUGUUCAACAACCCCUGUCCGUCUUGCCGACUGGCUAAGAGCUUGCUUAGCCAUAACCCGCUCCUCUUCCACUACGGUGUGGCGGACGCGGAUGCCAUCGAGACUGCUGUCACCACACCUGGGAAACAAAGUGCCAUGGCUGUUUCAGCGCACAACACAAAGCUGACUUCGUUUCUGGAGGCGUCUAUCGCGGAGGCCACGAGCCGCACAACGGUUAGCGAUGGCGAGCACCAGGACGGUCGCGACCGUGUGGAGGAUGGAGACGGGUGCGGCGGUGGGCGCAGACGCCAGCAGGCGCGCCGUAACUUCCGGCUUGAGACUCUCAAAGAGUUGCACGGCCAGCUUCUGACGGCACAGGCGCAGGGGUACCUGCAGCUGGUGCCGCACGCGCUGCUGCAGAGCCUGUUGCUCGCACUCCACUGUACAGCAGAAACGGGACGGAAGCAGAUGCUUCCAGAGGACUCGGAGCUCAAAUCUCCUUUGUUGAGGGAUGUCACUGCUGCACUGGAGGCGGUGCUCUGUGAGCUCGUGGUGUAUACGACACCCAAGUUGCCGCCGUCGCUGUAUCUGGAGGAGAUCCUGGGCUGUGCAGUGGAGCUGACGAACUACCACCUGCAAUACAACGUCCUGCCUUUGCAUGAUCUGCGCUUUAAGCGUGUGUACCGGCCAGGCGUAUCUGAGGAUGAGGAGGAGGAGCCCGCCAAACCCGCAAAGACGCCGCGUGGCCGAGGUGCCGGGGCGUCGGCGGCUGGUCGCAACGCACCUCGCUGGACAGCGGUCCUGGUGGGGCAGCUGGAGCAGGCCUUUUCAUUGCUUGCCCAAGUGAUGGGCCUGGCGCGCAUGGAUGUCGAGGGCCUCAUUCCACUGCUUCGCAUGUCCCAGCAGACACUUACUGUUGCAUCUCUGCAGACGCUUCACUACCGGGCCCUAGGUCUCGCCGUGUCUAUGUUUAAGUAUUACCCAAUGCACAGGGAGACGGUCCUCGGCAAGGUUGUGGAGGGGCUGACGGCACACAUGAACACUGGCAAGCACCUGACGCGACACUUUCCACUGCAAACGCUGGACAACACGACCAAUAUCCAGAUGUCUACAGCGCUCGUGAUGCAGCUCAUCCAGGUAGCUGCCGAGCUGCCAAAGGUGGACGUACCCUAUUCGGAUGCGCUGAUGCCCGCCAAGCUGCCAUCUCACUGGGCUGAUCAUUUUUGGCGUGCGAUCAUCACAAAGCUGCCCUCCGCAAGGGCCGGCAAGGCGGACACGUCAUCGGACCUGAAGGCCUGGGUAGAGGCCCUGGUAGAGGAUCUGCUGGCGGCGCUACCACUGCCGGAAUGGCCUGCGGCGGCGUUGGUCUGCAUAGAGCUGCUGGGCCUGGUAGCGCGGCGGCUCUACGUGCUAGCCAAGGAAGCGGAUUCGCCCGAGGCCACGCGGACGGUUGCCGCGGCUGUGGAUGCCGCUAUCGCUGCUUCUAAGGUAAAAGCGAAUGACGGUGUGCCGGAGAAAGGUGAGGUGGCUCAGGAGCUGCUCAUCGAGCACUUGACCGUGGAGGCGGGCACAGGCAUGCCGGCUUAUUGCUCUUCGGUUAGCCAGGAUGGCAGCAGUAGCGGGGCGGUGGCGAUGGACAUCAGCAUAGCUGGCAGUGCUCGGCAGCUUAUAGCGUGCAAUAUGCUGCUGGCACAUGAUAAGGCGAUGGAGCGGCAGCAAGGGUGCAAACUUGACGACAAGCAGACCAAGGACGCCAUUCUUCACUACCAGCAGAUUUACGAACGCCAGCGUUCCUGCCUGGGGGCAUCCACUUCCGGGUUACCCAGCCUUGACCGUGUCACUGCUGUUGCGCUCAGCCGCUGGUUAAUCACCAAAUCAGUUCUGGGUUGCAGCCGCUCGACCCUGCUGGGCUGGCUAGCGGAGGCCGGCGGGACUGGUCGCACACAGAAGGAGGCUUACGCGGCAGCUGCGCGCGCCAAGUCCAUAAAGCUCCUGGGUGGAGCGAUCGAGGUGGACGUGCGAAUCCUGAGUUUACCGGAAGUGCAGGUCGGCAUCAAGGGGGCGCUCAGUGACGACAGUGUGCUGGUGCGCGAGGCGGCCCUGGACCUUAUCGGGAAGCACAUCAGCCGUAGCACCGACCUCGCUGCGCAAUUUUACGACGUGCUCGUUCACGCCGCGGCGGAUACAGGGCUGACGGUGCGCAAGCGGGCUGUCCGGCUGCUGUGGGAGUGCUGCGUGCGUUGCCCUGAGUUUGAGCGACGGACCGACGCAUUACUGCUCAUUGUGUCGCGGGCUACGGACACUGAGGACACGAUGCGCGCUCUGGUUAACAAGAUCUGUGCUGAGAUCUGGUUUCUUCCUCAAUUCCGACUGGAGAGCGACGAGGGUAGCUCCGACGUAUCACGCGGCGCCGAUCAGCGGGCCUUUCAGCUUGGCGAUGUGGUCAUGGCCAUAUACAGCCGCAUGGGCUCAGCGAUAAGCAUUCCCUUCCACUCCGCCACGCCCAUCGUGGCCAUGAUCCGAAACGUCGUGGGGGAGGACGGCAAGUCCGAGUACGAGGCGGUGAGGCGGGGUGCCAGGGAGGUGGUAGACGUCCUCCUGGCGCGUGCUCUGGAGCUUCAAGGGGAGCAGGAUGCGCCUCCGCAACCGCCCAGCACGUCUGGUCGGAAGGGGGGACUCGCGCCUUCCGAAGAGCUCUUCCAGUGCUUGCUGGCGCUGCACGCGCUGUGUGUAGCGGACGAGAUGCCCUCGGGGACGAACGACUUGGCUGGGCGGCGCAAGGCCGAGCAGCUGCUGGCAGUAUUGGCCAUCGUGGGCGGUUGCAUGGCAGCACUACGUCACAUGGACGACGCUCUGGCGGAUGAGAUUGUGCAGGACGUGCGGAGCAUUAUCUGUCGGGUGUCGCACGUGCAGGCCGUGACGGUUGCGUGCCAGUGCUUAUGCGCGAUGGCCAAGCUCAAACCGCGCCAUCGGAACACGGUGCGCCUGGAGGCUGCCACGUUCUACAACUUCCUAGACAACGACUUCCAGAAAAAGGCAAGCGCGCUGUGCGUCAUGCCUUGUUGGACUUGUCUAGUCACAGGUCUCCCAGAAAAGCAGCGGAUGUAUCCCCGCGUGCUGUACACACUGGGCACCUUGUGCCGAUAUGGUGCCGACAUCUUGGACGACGCCAACGAGGAAUGCAAGCACCCCACGUGUGGGGCAGCGAUGGAGCUGGUCCUGCGGUUUUACAACUUGCUGGGCGACAAUGUUCGGGCGAAGGAGACGGCGUUGCAGGCCCUUGGUUUCAUCUUCAUAGCGCGGCCGCAGCUCGCAGUUAACGUCCGCGACGUGGGACCCGUGCUUGAGGCCGCGUUGGAGAGCUCUGCCCCCGCCUCCAUCAAGGCGCGCUGCCUCAGCUCGCUCACUGACCUCCUCCGAUCCGAGGAAGAUGUUUUGUUGGCGCGUCAGGCGGCCGCGCGGCAAGAAGCCGAGGCUGCACAAGUUGCAAGCACCUUGCCGGAUGCAGAGAACCGCGCGCUGGCGCGUCGGAACGGCGAAGGCGACAGCAGCUCCAUGCUUUGGGAUAAGAUCCUAGCCCUCGCCACGGACACGACGCCGGCGCCGUGCCCCACCGCCAGCGGCCAGACGCCGCCACCGACGCCCACCGGCACUGCGGCUGCCCACGGAGCAGUCGUUCGGCGGCGCGCCCUGGACCUGAUCGAGGUAGUGAUUCGUGGCGGCAUUGUGGUGCCCUGGGAGGCCCUCCCGGCGUUGUGUGCUCUGGCGACUGACCCAGAACGCGAUACUGCAAGCCGCGCGCUAACGGGGCUGCGCGCGGUAGUGGCGGCCAACACCGCGUACGUGGCGGGACAGGUGCCCCGCGGCGUGACGGAGGCUUACGCCUUUCAUUGCAGGCUGGCGGCUUUGGAACGGCCUGGACAGGCACCGGCGCCAGACAAGUGCCGGACGCUGGUGGAGGGGCUAUCGGCUGUGUGGACCACUGUCUUCUUGCCGGACAAGGCGCUCAAGGCCAAAUUCUUGACGGCGCUGCUCAAGCCCUUGGACGAGGGCUGCUCGCUGGCCAGCGGCACGGCCGCCAAGUCGGACCCGUACCUGCUGUCCUUCAUGGCCUACAUCAUCGCGGAGCUGCCGUACCGCAAGAUGGACGAGCUGCUUGCUGUGCUGGUGCGCAUCAAUGAGAUCGUCAGCCGCCGCGCCGAGGAGGUGCUAGCACGGUUCCAGGACUUGCGGGAAGCGGCGCAGUCGACAAAGGCGGCCAAUGCGACGAAUACUAAGAACGGGGCUAGCACGCAUUCUGCAUUGCCGGAGCCAUCUGCUCGCUCAACCUCUUCUUCUUUUGGUACCCCGUCCAGCAACCUGGCGGGUGUGGUAAAGGCUUCCGUAGCGCUGUCGCUACUCCUGCUGCUGAAGCAGUACCUGCGACUAUCGUACGAAGUAACUGCUGAGCGCGUUGCCAAAUACGAGCCGACAGGUCAGCAACGCAAGGUGGAGGAGAAGUUUCCCGCUGUCCACAAUGGCAAGCUGCGGUUCAACGCGUCAAAGCUUCGAACGGACGUGGCGGCACGUGUGGCGGGGAUGCCGGCGGUUGCGGGCGCUGGCGUCUCCUCCCGGGCGGCAAAGGCCGCGGCGGGUCUGGCUGCAGCGGGCGCUGGGGGGGGUAUCGGGAUGGUUUCGGUGCUGGACCCCGGCGUAGAGGAGGUGUAUAAAGUACUCAAGACGCUGAUGAAGCAAGACGAACUUGAUUACAAGCAGGGCGCUGCUGCCGCGGCAAUCGGGGCUGACGGCGCUGAUGCGUUUCCCGGCCAGAACGACCUCCGAGAUGUGGCCAUCAACCUGGAAGAGAUCAUGGCUGCGCCGGAUUCUGCAGCUGGCGGGGCCAAGAAGCCGCCGCUUGCUUCCAGGGGACGCGGCCGGGUUUCCCGGGGCCGGGGAGCAUGCAGCACCCGCGAGCCAACAACAACAGGCCAGGGACGGGGUCGGCCGCCGGCCGCCGGGAGAGGACGCGGGAGCACGGGUACCAAGCGGGCUGGCAGGCGCAAGCGGAUCGGCAGCGACAGUGAGGACAGCGGGGGUACCGAGGAUGAGGAUGCCGGCGGCGGUGGGGUUGGUAAUUCGGAUGCCUUGACCAUUGUGCUAUGUCUCCACAAAGUUUUAUGUCUAUCAGCACCCGCUCAAACAAACACCAGUACCAAAGGCCCUAGGAAAGGAGCCGCCGUUGCGGCCAACCCUGCAGCCGCCGUUCCGGACGCCAGCCUUUACUUCGAGCCCUACGGCAGCGAAACUAUACCAGAGGAUCAGCAAGGCUGCACCUACAGCAUUCCCGUGCCGAUUGGUAAUGCGGAACCGCAGGGCGCAGGGCCCGCCUCCUCCACCGGCUCGUCUCCGGCGGCGGCGAACCCCCCUCCCGCCUGGUUCGGAAUCAAUCUCGGCAAUUUGCCCAUCUUUCCCUUCCACCGCGCGAGCUUGGAAGAGAGCCCGGCGGAGCUGCGGCAGCUGCUCAGGGACGCCGUUAACGACCUGGCGGACGCGGGGGGUAACCUGCUGCGUGUUUUGUUUCAUUUCGACGGCGCUCUGAAUCCAUGCUGGGCCGACAACACGGCGGGACCCGCAGCAACAUCGAAGACAGAUGGUGCGGGCCCGCCGACCCGUGGGUCGACGACGCCGACGGCGGCGGUGGUGGUUGGCUGUGGCGAUGCGGCUGUCGAGGAUCUCCUUUGGCUGCUGCGGCAGUGCCAUCGACGGCGUGUCAAGGUGCUGCUGACGCUGUGGUCGCACGACAUACUGGCGGUACGCAGAGACAACCCGCCGGAGAACAGAGACCGGGCGCUGUACUUGAUGCGCACCUCCGCCGGCACCUCCGGGUACGUGGACAACUGCCUGACGCCGCUUGUACGGCACCUGGCGGCCACACCCAUUCCCCCGCCGUACGCCGACGAUGUGCUGGCCGCCCUUGACAAGGUGGAGGUCCUCCGCCGUGCCGCGAGCCGGGCCGCCGCCGCUGCGCGAGUGGUGGUGGGGGGCCGCAGCGCACCGCCGUCGGGCAACCUAGGUGCCCAGGAGGAGGAGGAGGAGGAGUCGCAGCCACAGUCGCAGUCGCAGUCACCGGGAGAUAUGGCCAGCUCACUUCACGUGUCGCCCCUCACGCACCCAGUAGGCUAUCCCGGGACCACAGCGCUUCCCGGAGGCGAUGUAGAUGAAGGCAGCGGUGCCGGCGACGGAGGUGGAUCCCCAGGCGGUGCCGCCGCCGCCACCGCCACCGCCGCAGCGGCAGCGGCAGCGGCAGCGGCGGUGGAGGCCGUGAGCCUGGAGUUCUCUGCUGCCGCCACGUAUUCCUCCGUGGUGAUGGGCUACGACCUGUUCAAUGAGCCGGAGGGCACCAGCUGGGACCUGCGCCUCUACCAUUUCUACAUGUACAAUGCUGAGUGGGGACAGUACGAAUUCGAAAAUCCGGCCGUCUUCGACACCCGACCUGAGCGCGCCGCCGACUACCGCUCCACCCGGGUGGGGUGGGAGCGAUUCAGUGGUGACGACCGUAGGGCUCUGCCGCCUGCUGCUCGGUUAACCGACUCCAUGGCGUUACCGCUGUGCCAGCCGCUCGGUAACGUAUCUUGCACCUCGGGAUAUGAGCAAUUCGGCGCUUUGACGGAUGCCGUACGCCGGUACGAGCAGAAUGCGUCCCAGCUUGGUCCAUGCGGGUUGCCGACGGAAGGUCGUGGUUUCGGCGCCGCGGACCGCAGCCUCACGGUCACUCCCAUCGCUGCUGCGUCAGCAGCGGAGGCGAAGCCGGUGCCGUGGUACGGCAACGCCAGUCUGGCGGCGGAAUGGGAGGCCCUUGCCGUCAAGGUCAGCCGUACACCUACGCCUCCGGACGGUGGUGGUGGAGGGCCGCCGGGCUGGGGCAGCAAAUGGUUUAACAAGUACUUGUACUGGGACGUCAUCGAGCAGUACAACUCCGAGAUGUCGUACCUGCUGCCGCUGAUCACCAGCUGCCGUCUACGUACCGCCGACAUAACGCCGCCGCAACUGCAGCGGUUCCUCUCACGAUUGGCAGCUGCCGUACACAAGGCCGACCCGCGGGCUAAAGUCACGGUUGGAGCGCAUAGCGUGCCGUACUGUACGGAAGCCCAGUGGCUCAAGCACCAUAUCGACCGCUUCGAAGGGCGCCCGCGGAACCUCUACUCUGACGCGGCCCUCAGGCGGGCCUUCCGGUUGCGUAACGGCAGCAUAGGGCCCGGCUGGGAUCCCUCGGGACUGGGCACAUUGGACUUCUACUCGCCGCACGGCUACCCCGUUUGGGGCGAUUCCGACGUCACGGGUCUCGUCUCGCCCUUCUACACCUCCGCAUGCGUCUUUGAGCUGGACAAGCCGGCGCUGGUCGGGGAGAUUUGGAACAGGGUGUCAGACAAUGAUCCCCUCACGGCGGAGAACUGGCAGCAGCUGUACGACAAGGGCGGCUACAUGGGUGGGUAUUGGUUGGCGGCACCCCGGCGCGUCUUAGAUCACGAGAACCGCGCGACCUUCCUGGCCCUGCUGCGGGCGAUGGCGGACAGCCGCGCUCCGUAG